AUGUUGCCGGAGUAUGACAGUCAGAGUCCCCCUCCGGCGGAUGACGAGCUUAGGUCAGUCGACCCCGAUGGUCCGGGGGGGAUGUUGGCGGUCCUACAGACACAACCGGAUCAUGAGCGCAGGCAGCUGCAGGCAGCUGCGGAGGCUGCGGCCAGACUGACGCGCUCGCUGGAUCAAGGUGGGGCUGAGGGGGGGGAUGGCGACGGGGGAGGAUCGAGGGCAGGGGGGGCAGGUGGGGAACCUGUUUGCGCGGAACGCCUGGCCCUUCAGGGGGAUGCAGCAGCUGCAGCGGCACUGCUGGCCGCCACCACAUCCAUGCCCGUGAAUAGCAUCGCUUUGCCCGCCGCGGCCUUUUCCACGGGGGGGGCUGCUCGUAAGGACACCGCCUUGGCCCAGCUGAGUGGCGCGACCGCUCAAAUACAGACGCUCACGGCACAAAUGGGGUCGCUGGGGGACACGGUCCGGGGCCACGACACGCGCCUUGGGACGGCGGAGGGCCGUCUUGGAGAGCUUGAAGCAGAGGUCCGACGUCUUCGGUCGGUCAGUCCUAGUCCUGCCGCCACGCGGGGCAGCUCCCCGCGCUUCUCGCAGGCCGGCUCGUCCCUGCCUGACCGGCACAUAGACGAUUUCCAGAUUGUGGUGGGGGGAUGGGAUGAGGCCCGUCGGGUGGAAAUCGAGGGGGAGGUCACUCGCUUGUUCUCAGAUGCCCAGGCCGAAGCCUUGCUUAAGCGCGUCCAUGUACCAUAUGCCAGAUCUCGCUACUGUCGUGUGGAGUUGCUGUUUCCGGACGACCGCCCGCGUGCAAAAAGGGAGCUACAGGGCACGGUUCUGCAUGCCUUACGUCAGCGCGUCAGUGAAGGCAGCCGCUUGCCCGGUCAGGGAUCGGCACGCUUGUGGGCUAAGCGCAAUCGUGGGCCUGAGGAGAGGGCUAAGAUUCGUGCUAUUGUCUCCAUGAAGGCACUGGCCUUGGAGUUUGUUUCGGAAACUGACGUAGACUUCGACUGGUCUGGGCGGGUCUGGGUGAAGGGGCGGGAGAUUUUGUUCCACGCCGACCGUCGCCCCCCAUUUGACGGGGCGGUCAUGCUUCAGAAUGGUCGAGGGGAGGACACGGGCUGGUAUGUGCGUUUGGGUGACUUUGCAGCCCUCUUGGGGGUCGCAGAAGAGACGCUCCGGCAGCGACUGGACCUUCGUGAUGAGUGA